CGCAUACGCCCGCCCGCAUCUACUCCCCCUCCGACUCCGAGCGAACCCCGCGCCGACCUUGACCGGAGCUUGACUGCCGCCAUGGACCCGCGCUUCCCGCCGCCGGCGCCGUCCUCUGCUGGCGGUGCGCCGCGCGGCCACCGGCGGGCCCACUCCGAGACCUUCAUCCGGUUCCCCGACGCGGACCUGCUGCUCGACCCGGACAGCGACUUCUCCUUCUCCGACCUCGACUUCCCCUCCCUCUCCGACGACUCCCCCGCCGUCUCCUCCGAUCCCACCCCGCCUCCCCCGCCGCUGCCGCCGCACCAGUCCCCGUCGCCGGCGCCGCGCCCGCCCGGUGCCGGGGGCGCGCAUAUGAGGAGCCUCUCGCUCGACGCCGCCUUCUUCGACGGCCUCGCGCUGCAGGGAGGAGGCGGAGGCGGGGCUGGGCAUAAGAGGAGCGGCUCCAUGGAUGGAGCAAGCUCGCCGUCCGACGGCGAGUCUGCGCUGUCCGGUGGGCUACCGGACUACGCCAAGAAGGCCAUUCCCGCGGAGAGGCUCGCUGAGCUCGCGCUCCUCGACCCCAAGCGCGCUAAGAGGAUUUUGGCCAACAGGCAGUCGGCCGCGAGGUCCAAGGAGAGGAAGAUCAAGUACACCGGCGAGCUGGAGAGGAAGGUGCAGACGCUGCAGACAGAGGCGACCACGCUCUCUGCACAGCUCACGCUUCUUCAGAGGGAUACUUCCGGUUUAACUGUUGAGAACAGAGAGCUCAAACUCCGGUUGCAGUCCAUGGAAGAACAAGCCAAACUUCGAGAUGCUCUGAAUGAUGCCUUGAGAGAAGAAGUCCAGCGGCUUAAGAUAGCGGCAGGUCAAGUUCCAAGCAUGAAUGGACACCCCUUCGGUGGAGGGCUACAGCAGCAGCAGCAGCAAAUGCAGAACUAUUUCUCGCAGCAGCAGCAGAUGCACUACCAAGGCCAUCAGCAUCACCACCCCCAAAACCACCCUCAGAAUUCUUCGAACGGAGGCCAGUCGCUCAGUGGCCAGUCUCUAAGCGACUCCAUGGAUUUCAUGUGAGGGCAACGUUGGGACGCAUACCGAUCACAGUUCGGUAGCUGUAAAGAUAACUGAUGUAUACUGUAUGCACAUGAAUCAUUCGUAGGGUAGCUAGAUGUUCUUUGUACCAUUAAUCAAGAAAAUCAUCGGUGUGUGUCGCAGUUGAUCAUCUCCCUUUUUCUUUCGGGGUACAUGCAUGCCUUAGCCCGAAGUCUGAACGAACCAUGCUUAACAUGCUGCCUGUAGUUGUCACCCUGUAAAGGUGUUAUAGUGAAUGGAAUGAUUUCUGGUUGGAAAUCUUAAAA